AUGCCGCCGCUGGCCGCCCUGCUCCUCCUGCUCUGGGCCGCAGCCUCCUCGGCCUCCGCCGCCAGCUUCACCUGCGCCAAACCGAGCACAUGCCGAUCCGCCGUCGCCUACGUCGUCCCCAACGCCACCACCUACGAGCAACUCGCUUCCCGCUUCAGCCCCACCGCCACCCUUCACCACCUCCUCGCCGCCAACCAACUCCCGCCCCACACCGACACCAGCCAAGCCAUUCCCGCGAAAACAGCCGUGCGCAUCCCCUUCAGGUGCCGCUGCGCCGGCGGCCUGGGCCAGUCGGACCUGGAUAUGUACACCGGCGGCCGUGGCGAUGACUACUUCAUGGAGGUCGUCACCGCCAACAACGUUGCCGCGGGCAAAUACUAUGGGCGGAGGCCGCUGCCCUGCAGCUGCGACAAGGUGGACGGCUCCCACGUGAUGCACCUUGCCUAUGUGAUCGUCCGCGCAGGCGACAAUAUCUCCCAGAUCGCCGCCAAGUAUGGGCUGCGGGAGUCAACGCUGCUCAGGAUCAAUAAUAUCACUAGCAGCCAGCUGCUGAUUCGCCAAGGCCACAUUCUUGAUAUCCCGCUAUUCCAAGGAAUGGGCACAUGGUCCAGGGUACAUUAUAACUCAGCACAUAGGAAAAGAAGAUUGCAGGGUGGAGGGGAUCCUGGGGUUACGACAUCAAAAGUAAUUAACAUUGUAAAAGUAGUUGUACCCGUUCUAAGCGUUCUUGUGUAUCUCGUUACAACAUGGUGUUACUGGAGAAGCGCACGCAAUUCCCUCUCGUCAGGGGCGAAUGGCUUUAUGGAAUUCAGUUAUAGUGAUCUAGCUUGCGCCACGAACAGAUUCUCCAGAGAUGCUCUUCUUGGAGAGGGUAUGUUCGGAGCAGUAUAUAAGGCGACGUUCAAGGGCCAGGAAGUGGCCGUGAAGAGAAUUAAAGCAGAGGGAAAGCUUGAGGAAUUCCAUCGCGAGCUCCAGACAGUUGGUAACACGAGGCACGAGAAUCUAGUUGACCUCAAAGGAUGGUGCGGCAAAGUCAGAGUGAUCGAUGGCAAGACUUGGUGGAAAAGGGUUAUCAAGGUUGAACUCUUCCUCGUCUUUGAGUUCAUAUCUAAUGGCGACCUUGAACACCACCUGCACAACAACGACCAAGUUCUAUCAUGGGACAAAAGGUACAAAAUAGUGAAGGGCAUAGGGUCAGCUCUUCAUUACCUCCACCACGAGUGCAAUCCAUGCAUCCUGCAUAGAGAUAUCAAGCCUGGCAACAUACUCUUGAAUGAGUAUUUCAACGCUAAGCUUGGGGACUUCGGGCUAUCCAUGAUCGCCAGCAAAAACAGAGCGACAGUGGUCACAACCGCCGUGGGGUCAGUGGGAUACAUGGAUCCACAUCUCAUGAAAGACGGGGCUGUGGAGUUCAGCCGUAAGUCGGACGUAUACAGCUUCGGGAUCGUCCUACUAAAGAUUGCACGUACACAAAAAUCAAGGGAGGAAGUCUGGCAGAUGCGCGGUGGCAGUGAGCAGCAAGUUCAUGUGGAUGGUGUUGUGGAUGAAAGGUUACGCUUCUUUGACCGUACCGAGAUGGAGCGUGUGGUUGUCCUUGGCCUCAAGUGUUCUCACUCAGCAGAGGCACAACGACCUUCCAUGGAGGAUGCAAUGAAAUUCCUCGAGGACGGCCAAGAGUUUCCUGCCACAACACAAGGAGACGGCAGCUUUGGUGUGCCUUGCAUUGUAAACGAGGAGGCACCUAUGAUGACACAUGGUGAUGUCUCUUCUUAUUACCCUUGA